AUGGCAAGCCUCAUCGUUGUCGUGGAGCUGGAAUUCAUCACUACUCUGUGGAAGCUGAAACCGCGAACAGGGAGUGCCGCCUCCUGGAUCGCAUUACAACAACAAGGAGAGGCGAGGAAGAACAUUGGCGUGAUUGAUCGUAGCAUACGCUGUCCACAUGAGACUUGCUAUGUCUACGGCGGCCGGCGUCACAGUGCCCAGAAACUAUAUCCAAGCAGGUCACAUCUCGAUCGGGGUCACUGCUAUGACCUGGAAUCUUUGACGGCAACAUCCGAAGUUCUCAUUGCUAUUGCGGGAACGUGGAGCACGCCCAAGGCUUUGUUUCCGACAUACAGGACUUCCAGAUGUGCCCUUUUCUGGUGA